AUGCACUCGCUCGUGUUCCAGCUGGACGGUCGAAUGUUGGCGGGUCAAAUGAAACGUGUCAGCGGCGGGGUCGGUAGAAACAUAGCCGACGCUUUGGGCCGGUUCGGGCACGAUGUCUGUUUCUUGACCGCUGUCGGGGACGAUUCCGACGGCCGCUCGAUAAUCAAAUCACUCGAGCACAUUAACACGGACAAGAUCUCCGUGGUCGGCGAUCAGUCUACGUCUUGGUGCGUGGUGUUCCAGAACCGGCAAGGUGACUGCAUGGCGUGCAUCGGCGACAUGGAAUGCCACAAGCGAAUAACUAUUGACAUGAUCAAGGAAAAUAUUGACGCGUUGUACAAGAGUCCGCUCGUGGUUAUCGAUGGAAAUGUUUGUCCGGAGACAAUGGAAUUUGUAAUUGGAUUUUGUAACGAGGAAAAUAUACCAGUAUACUUUGAAACAACUGACAUUGCUGUGGCUUCCCAACCAUUUCAUUCGAACAUGUGGAAAGGGCUUUCCUUUAUGUCUCCAAACUUGAAGGAGCUACAAGAAAUUUCAAAAAAACUUACAGCUGAAGUGCCUGUAAAUUACGCCAUUAAAGUUUCCAUUAACGGCGGCGACGAAUUCGACACACGAGAUCGCAUAAUGAAUAGUUCAAAAGACAUCGUUUGUAAGCUAAUAUCUCACAUUCCCGUCAUUAUGGUAACGCUUGGCGACAAAGGGCUGUUGUUGGCUUCGAGACAAUCUGAUGACACGGUUUCGUUAGUACACUAUCCAUCGCAAAAAAUAGAGACACCCGUCAGUGUUUCUGGAGCCGGUGAUUGUCUGUGUGCAGGAUACAUAUCUGGAGUCUUACAAGGAAAAUCACAAGAUGAAUGUGUUGCUUUGGGUCUGAGAGCGGCUACAUCAGCACUUUUGUCGCAUAGGCCAGUUCCCAUAGAGCUGAAUGUCAAUUAAUGUAUAAAAUAUUAUUUACUUUUACAAUACACAACUGUGUAAAAAAAUUGUUUAAAACAAAAUUAUAAGGAUGCCAUUCGUGAAAAUUAUAAAUAAUAAUAAUUAAUUUUAAAGGCGGGAUCCCACGAAUCGUGUAUUUGACGAAUAUUCGAUAUUUGUUAUUUGCCACCCUCCCGUCGAUUGUCGGUAACUUGCCGAUUAUUCGUGUAUUCGUGGAUAUUCGUCAAAUACACAAGUCGUGAGAUCCCGUUUUAACCAAAUACCACAAUAUGUGUAAUUUAUACUAUGAGAUUAUCAUAGCAAUAUUAGAAUUUAUAAUUUAAUAAAAAUAAUAUAAAACGUGGA